CUCAUGUUACCGGGGUAUGCCUCACAAAAGUCCCAGGGAGAAGUUUGUCCUGCAAGGGAAACUCCUGGCGCUGUGUGACACAGAGACUAAUGGUGGAGGUUGGGUAAUCAUACAGAGACGUGUGCGAGGAGAUGAAGACUUCUAUAGAGGCUGGGAUGAUUACAAGAGAGGGUUUGGAACCCCAGACACCGACUUCUGGAUGGGAAAUGACAUCAUUCAUGACCUCACCUCACAGGGCUACAACGAACUCCGUAUAGACUUUGUCCAUAAUGAGACCAAGUACUUUGCUCAGUACACCAACUUCACUGUGGCCGAUGAGUCAUCUGGAUACCUAAUCACGAUUGGUGGAUUUUCCGGGAAUUUAUCUGGAUACCUUAUCACGAUUGGUGGAUUUGCCGGAAAUGUCUUCGACAGUAUGAACCAUCAAAAUGGCUACAAAUUCAGCACUUUUGACAGGGACAAUGACAGAAUAGACUCCAGUUGUGCCGUUAUGUACCACAGGGCUUGGUGGUACAAUGCUUGCUACCAAGCCAAUUUGAACGGAAACUGGGCAGAUCCAAGCUUGACGGGUAUUUCUUGGUAUGAUAAUAAAACAGAUUACUGGACCAAUCUGUCAUUUACAGAGAUGAAGAUCAGAUAUAUUUAG